CUUCAAUCCAAAAGUACAACGAGCACUUGACGUUGAUCUUUUCCAUACAUUGGAACAUAAUAGUGUUGUAUGUUGUGUCAAAUUUAGUUCUGAUGGGAAAUAUCUAGCCACUGGUUGUAAUCGAAGUGCUCAAAUUUAUGAUGUUGUAAAUGGCCAAAAAUUAUUCGUUCUUGAUGAUAAUAAUGUAGACAAAACUGGCGAUUUAUAUAUCAGGAGUGUAUGUUUUAGUCCUGACGGAAAAUUUUUGGCCACAGGUGCUGAAGAUAAACAAAUUAGG